GACAAAAAGGGAUUACAAUAGUCAGUUGUGUCCAUUUUUGCACGCUGUCAAUCAUAUCGACGGAUAUUAAACUUCAAUUCUAUUUUGUUGUUAAAAAUUAUCAAUUUAUUAGAUAUCAACCAAAAGUAUAAGAAAAUGAGAUAAAAAUGUGUCUCAUUCUGUCUCGAUAAUUCAUAGUUUUUUUUUGUGUGUAGUCAAAUUAUAAUUGUGUUUGUGAGCAUCAACAAUGAACAUAAGUUUAUUUACUAUUUUUGUGCUAUUUUUCAUUGGCACUUUUUGCCACGUGUCUAUCGGUGAUUUUGCUUCAGCAAAGGCUGUGCAAAUAAUAGCUCCAAUCAACCAUACAUUCCAUUUGGAAUUGAAUAAUUUAAAAUCGAUUCUCGAAGCGGAUGACAUAAGGGAUCGCCAUGUGGCUGUUGUAUCAAUCGCCGGUGCAUUCCGAAAGGGCAAGAGCUUCUUAAGCAAUUUUUUCCUACGUUAUCUCUACGCGCAGUACAAGGCUCACGAUGUAUCAGAUUGGCUCGGCGAGAACGGAAAUAGUAGUGAAUUGAGUGGAUUCAAAUGGCGAGGUGGCCAAAAGCCGGAAACAAUUGGCAUUUGGAUGUGGUCCGACAUUUUCACGUAUGACUUUGAAAAUGGCGAAAAAGUAGCCAUCAUCCUGUUGGAUACACAAGGCAUUUUUGACAGUCAACUCAGUUUGCAAGACUGUACAACGAUUUUUGCAAUGAGCAUGAUGCUCUCCUCCGUUCAAUGUUACAAUGUCAUGCAGAAUAUCCAAGAAAAUGACCUACAGCAUCUGGAGCUCUUCACUGAAUAUGGGCGAAUGGUUUUGGAUCAAACCAACGAGAAACCGUUCCAGUAUCUAUUAUUCCUAGCUCGAGACUGGCCAUUUGCUGAUGAAAAUAACUACGGAUGGGGACAAGAAGUAAUUGAUAGAAUUUUGUCCGAAAAUGAAGAGCAAACACUUGGAAUGCGGCAAUUGAGGCAACGAAUCAAUUCGAGUUUCGAUGAAAUCGGCGCAUUUUUAAUGCCAUAUCCAGGAAAUACAGUUGCGCUUAAGAAGAACUUCAAUGGCGAUCUGAAGCGAAUUAAUCCUGAAUUCAUAAGAUACGUGAAAGAAUUGGUGCCAUCCAUUUUUGCACCCGAAAAUCUAGUUUUGAAGAGAAUCAACGGCGAACAAGUACGUGCUCGUGACUUGAUCGAAUUCAUGCAAGCAUAUUUGAACGUAUUCAAUAGAAAUACACUGCCGGAGGCGAAAACGUUUGUUGCGGUAUGUACUCUGUACUAUCAAUUGAAAAAAAAGAAUGUUUGCUAUUAA